AUGUCCUUACCGACUUUGGACGAUAACUCUGUGGAUGAUUUAUAUAAGUGGUUAAGCAAUGUUCCAUUCUCAAAACAGAUCAAAAACAUUGCUAAAGAUUUUUCUGAUGGAGUGCUCAUUGCUGAGCUUGUAGCACACUUCUUACCGCGAUACAUUUCGUUAGCCAACUAUACGGCAGUCAAUUCGAAUGCUCUCAAGCGCUACAAUUGGGAAACAUUAAACAAGAUGGUGUUUGUGCAUUUGAACUUCAACGUAAAUCAGAACUUAAUCCAAAAGGUGACAACAUCUCAGCCGGGUGCAAUUGAAUUCAUUCUUUUUCGACUGAGAGAGCGAAUCGAAGAAGCCAUUCAAGAAGGUCGAUUCAGGCCAUCGAGACGUCGAAGUCGAAGCGUUGCGAGUCGAGGUCAGUCCUUCAUUCCAGCAGUUAAAACAGUACCGUUCAAUCGGUCGGCGUUCUGUUGUGCAACCGAAGCGAGUGUAUCGCUUCAAAAAUAUCACCAGUCACAACAAGAAGUACUUGCUAAGGAUGAACAAAUCCAGAAAUUAUACGCUCGAAUUCGUCAUUUAGAACGUUUGGUUCAGUUGAAAGAUGAACGAAUCUCAGAGAUGUCGAAGCAAAUGGAAAAAAUGAUGCAGAUGAUUUAUCGUGACCAACAAAUGAAUUGUACAUCAACAAUGCGAAUGAGUAAUGUGACAACAGCAAUGCCGUCCACUGUUCAUCAUUCAAGUCGAACUGCAACACCGCAAAAUAGCAGUGAUGGUCGUAGCUCUACAAUUAUCACCUCAAGUUCAUCACCAAUUCGAGAUCAAACCGAUAGUCUUGUAGCGAAUUCUUUUAUUGAUUUGAAAUGA